AUGGCCGAUCAAUAUCCCUCCGCCGAGCUUACUGGAGUCGAUCUGUCACCCAUCCAACCCACUUGGGUACCGCCUAACCUGAAGUUUCAAAUCGACGACUUUAACCAAGAAUGGACAUGGCCGAAAGAUCACUUUGACUACAUUCACGGCCGCAACCUUGAAGCUUGCUUCACCGACCUGCCGACGACAAUGAAGGAGGCGUACAACCACACUAAACCCGGCGGGUAUAUUGAGUUCCUGGAGUUCGAAUCACAAGCCCGAUCACAGGUCGCGGAACUGCCAGAAGAGCACAUCUACAGGACUUGCUAUACGGCCUUGAUCACUGCUGCGAAUAAGCUCGGAAAACCGGGAGAGAACGUCCGGACGGGUGCGCUUCAGAGAGCGCUAGAGCAGGCUGGCUAUGUUGAUCUCGUGCAUCACAGGUGGAAAAUUCCGAUUGGCGGCUGGUGUGCCGAUCCAAAGCUGAAACAACUGGGCUGGACUAUUCUCGAUUUCUUGAGCGACUCCUUGGAAGGGUUCGGGCUCUACUUGCUCAAGGAAGUUGCCGGCUUCAGUUAUGAGAAAUGUCAAGUGAUGUUCAGCGAAUACAGGGCUGCGAUGCGGGAUCCGAGGUUGCAGUCGUUUUAUUACAUAAUCUCCGUCCCAUGA